CACGUUUGUAAAGAGAUCUCGCGAGAAUUCACUCAACAAAGAUGGCGCUAGAAAGUGUGUGUAAUUUCCAGGCUCCGAACCCAAGAAUUGGUCUACUUAGGCCAGGAGGAAAAGGCGACGUCGAUGAAAGUGACGUUCUGAACAAUCUCUGGAGUCUGGACAAGUUUUCCAUCCCAGCAGUUACCGACCCUGCUGAGUUCCUGAAGCCGUUUACCACCGGUGAAGGAAACGUGAAGAUCGAGUUUGACCAUGGCACCACGACCCUGGCCUUCAAGUUUCAACAUGGCGUCAUUGUGGCAGUGGACUCUAGAGCUACGGCAGGGUCCUACAUAGCGUCCCAGACAGUGAAGAAGGUGAUAGAGAUCAACCCGUACCUGCUGGGCACCAUGGCAGGGGGCGCUGCUGACUGCUCCUUCUGGGAGAGAGUCCUGGCUGAACAGUGCAGAAUAUAUGAACUGAGGAACAAGGAGCGGAUCUCAGUGGCUGCUGCCUCCAAGCUGCUGGCUAACAUUGUGUAUAACUACAAGGGCAUGGGCCUGUCUAUGGGCACCAUGAUCGUGGGCUGGGACAAGAGGGUAGGAAACAAACAACCAGUUUUGAGAGACGUCGAUCCAGUAGAAUCGUCGAUUCUCCUAGGAGAGAUCUCGAUUGGAGCCGGCUCCACGUAUGCCUACGGUGUGCUGGACAGUGGGUACAGCUGGGACAUGGGUGUAGAGGAGGCAUAUGAGCUGGGCAAGAGGGCCAUCUACCACGCCACGCACAGGGACGCUUACAGCGGCGGUGUGGUCAACUUGUACCACAUGAAGGAGACAGGCUGGAUCAAGGUAUCCCAGACAGAUGUCAUGGACCUCCACUACAAGUACAAAGAAGAAAAGAAGUAGAAGAUGGUGUCUCCUUACCCUCCAUACUAGUUCUGAUAUUCAAGCUGACUUGAGGAUAAAUGUUCAAAUUUCUUGGUAGAAUAUUUAAGAAAGUCACUAGUCUGUUACUAAACUUGUAUACUCAUAUGAUGUCCAGAAUUUAGAAUCACUGCUCUCCAAAGCAUUGUUUAAUCUAGUUCAACAGAACACCACUGUGUGUAAAAGAGUUCCUGAUGAUGUAUUUGAGGCUUUUUCAUUCAGCCCACCAGACUUUAAACAGUAAAAUAGCACCGUACAUGUAGUCCCACAAGUGUUAAAGGGCAAGAAAACAACAGUAGUGUACAUGAUUGCUGUUGUCUAGGAAGGGACAUGUACAAUGUACUUUCUAUCCUGGGUAAUAAAGAUUAUCAUACUGCA